AUGCUGCCAGGUUAUUUCUCACCCCUCUCAGGAGACAUUAAACUCCUGUUCCUGACCUUGGCUGUCCUUGUGGUCCUGGCUCAGACUUCCCCAGAUGGAUGGUUCAAAAGAUGUUAUUAUGGAAUUGGCAAAUGCAGGAAAUCAUGCAAAAAAAAUGAGAAGAAGAAAGAAAAAUGUGCAGAAAAAUAUGUUUGCUGCAUCCAUAAGUCAAACUGGAAACUCUCACACAUUCACACGAAAGAAAAGACAACACUCAAGAUUUAG